AUGAACAGACUCAGAGUGGCUGGGCACUUUAUGAAGCAGGGCUAUCGGGUUGCGGCCGUCAAUGCAGCCUCUGCCUACCAGGUAGGUGGUGGCGCAAGUACCGGUGGACGUCAUGCGUUGGAGGAGGCCUGGUGCAUUAGCUCGACCCUCUACCAGUCUUUGGCCUCGGUGGAGCCCCAGAAAAAAGGAGGCCUUCCGGGCUACCGGCAGCAUAUCCCUGUUGGUGGGUGCAUUGUUUCUCCUCACGUGGAGGUCUUCCGGGAGCCCACAGAUGAUGGCUACGGCUUUCUGGAUGCACCGCAGCCGCUGACUGGUGUCGUUUCCGUGGCUAUGUUCAACCGGAACCCGCGUGUGCGGGACAGUCCCCUGGACAGCCCAGAGCGGCCGGCAGAGUACCUGAAGCAGACACGCCAGAAACUCGAGGCCGCCCUUUUGGCCUCGGUGGAGGUCCUGAAUGCCGAGAUUAUCAUCGUUCCCGAUGUGGGUUGCGGUGUUUUCGGCAACGACCCAUACAUCAUUGGCGGCUGCCUGGGGAGCGUCUUGAGGAGGCACAGCCAAGCCAUGCAGACAGUGAAGAAGGUCGUUCUCACUGGCCGGCGUGAAGACUUUUCGGAUGCCUGCCUGCGAGCGCUGCAGGGCAAGGAUCCCCGUCCCUUGUGCCCUGACUCCGGGGCUGGUGCACACGCCGCCCGCUAUCGCAGUGCAGCGACAGCAGAGGGCGACGCUAGUGAUCCCAGCGUCGUGGAUGAGGCUUUGCUGCAGCUCGCGUUGCAUCCUCCAGAACAGGACGAGAGAAGUAAGCAUCCGUGCCGCUACGGAGCAUCCUGUCACAUUCGCACGCCAGACCACCUCGCGCGAUUUUCACAUCCGGAGACAGGCCCAGGACCCUCCAGGCCUACAGGGCCCACAGGCGUAGGUGCGGGGACUUCUGCUGCCCGCGGUUUACCCGUGACUGGCAGUAGGGAGCCUUCCGGUGCCGCCGGGGCUGCGGGCCGGACGACGCUGGGGACCAAAGUUGUACCCACACGUCCGAGGAGCGCCCACGACAAACCGAGCGACCCCACUCCGACGGGCACCUCCGGCCUGGCGGAGCUCCCGAGCGAAGUACGCCGGGCCGAGACACCAAAUCCCGACAUCACGAAUCCCGUGGUGGAAGACACAGGUGGGAGCACUUCUUCAAGAAGCGGUCGGCCUGUCUGUCGGUAUGGCGAGGCAUGCUACAACAACAACCCCAAGCACUUGGCCGAGUUCUCGCACCCCUGGCUCGACGGAGAAACCGAUCGCCAGGCUCAAGCGCGGCGAGACCAGCAGGAUUGCCAUGACCUUCUGAACAAGGCUAAGGCAGGCACUUGGGAACAAGUUCAAUCUGGUCUGAUACGCAACCCGCGACUGCUGGACAUGCGGCCGGAAUCCCGGAAGUUCGCGUUGAUCCACUAUGCCGCCUUCCAAUUCCACCUGGGAGCCCUGGAUAUGCUUCUGAAGUUGGGGGCGGACCCCAACCUCAAAAACCAGGAUGGCAAAACAGCUCUGGAACUCCUGAAUUCUGAGCGCAAGGCGCUCCCUGUCCACGACGUCAAGCAUCAGAAGAUGGCACAAGACUGCCUGUUGCGUCUCCGCAGGUAUGACACGCCUGCCGGCAGAGCGCCUUUGGGCAAAGGGACCUGA